AUGGAUGGGCGUAUUCCAUCUCUUCUGAAUGUACUGCCACCAGCGGAUGAACUCCAGCGCCAACGAAACUCUGCCUUCCAGGAGUUUUUAUUACGAAAGUGGUCAGGCUUGCAUAUCGCUGCCCACCGUGGGUUAUCGAACAUAUUAUCUUUGCUCAUUGAGUCGGGCGCAGACCUUUCAUAUAAGGACGAAGACGGGGCCAGCGUGAUCGAAAUUGCGAUACAGAAACAUCAGACACUUGCAGCAAUUACGUUGCUGGCAUAUGGGCAUUACUCACAGAUCCAACUGGCUGCAAUAUCUGACCUAGUGGAACGAGUCUACGAGCACCCACCAACGGAUCUUAUUGAACAGCUAUUCAAAUGCUACACCCAACUAUCCGAAGUGGGCCGAGAAUUGCAAAACCAGGAAGCAGUCGGUGGCUUUGGAUCGCACAAGACCCUGCAAGAGAUACGCAGCUUGGAUGACACCGGCACCGGAUCCCUUGCUGCAAUAGCAAUGGCCAAAGACUGGCUUCGCAAGUGUACUCACAAUCAUGGAUUGUGUACUUUUGAUCAAACGUCUCAUUAUUCCCCAACUAGAGUCCUCGAUAUCGGGCCCCACCAAAACAAAGGAGAUUUGAAGCUUGUUCAAGACGUAACACUGAACGAGCCAUACGUUGCUUUGAGUCACCUUUGGGGUAUCAGAGGUCUUCCGGUAACAACGAUAGCAAAUAUAGAGCAAAGGCUGCUGUCUAUCCCACUCGAAGUUCUGUCCCAGACCAUACGAGAUGCGAUCGAUGUUGUUCGAUGUUUAGGCUAUCAGUAUCUAUGGGUCGACGCGCUGUGUAUCGUACAGGACUCCGAAGUGGAUUGGCUGGCAGAGGCAUCCAAAAUGAGCAGUGUAUACAGCGGGGCUGCAUUAACCAUUGCGGUAGCGGACAGUAGCGAUCAUACGCAAGGGGGUUAUCGUGACCGUAUGGGAUUGAUUGGUGAAGGGGAGUGGUAUAUGUUUCCGUCUGUAAGCCAGGUUCAAAGCGCAGUGCGACCAAAGGGGUUGUUAGAUACGCGAAGCUGGGUACUCCAGGAACAACUGCUUUCUCCGAGAAUCCUCUACUUCGAUAACGGAGAGCUGUAUUGGGAUUGCAUCACAAUGUCGGCUUCCGAAUCCUGUCCCUUCUCGGCGUCGCUUCUCGUGGACGAUAAUCCUGACGAGACAUGGGCUCUGAAGCUCAUUCGCAGAGCACUCGCUGGAGGGAACGAUCAAGAUAUUCUUCGUGAGCGAAUAGCGGAAGUCUGGGUUCAAGUCAUCAAAAAUUACUCUGCGCGGAAACUCACGAAGGAGAGCGACAAACUAGUAGCUUUAGAAGGUAUCUCGCAUUCCUUGGCGAACGUUCUUGGGGACACCCUAGUCGGUGGUAUGUGGGAAACUGGACUAUGGUAUCAGUUGACAUGGUGGAUGGAUCUAUCGCCGAAGACUUCUCGACAACAAGUGCCAGACCCAACAUUCUUGGCGCCCUCAUGGUCAUGGCUUAGUGCCCCAAGAGCACUGUAUUACCACAACUCCUUACGUGACAAGGAUUUUACUGUCGGCACCGGGUCGCAUACUUUCACGGAACUUCGUCCGAUGCUCAAGAUUGUGUCCGCUUCAAGCGAGACUUCCAUAAGAGGGACCAGCAUCACUGGUACACUGGUGAUCUCGGGGUUGUCCUUCGAUUAUCGCUUGACAGCUAAUGACCUCAAAACGCCGUUCUGGAAACGCUGGAACAAGACAAAGAUCUUCCUCAACCCUGGAAGGUGGCUGCUCGAUCGCGUCGUUGAGACCCCCUCAAACGUGCGUUGCGUUGUAGUUGCGGAAGACGAUGUGGAUAAACUGCUAGUGUGCCUCUGCUUGGUACCGGACGAAAAUCAUCAUGGACAAUGGAAGCGCGUUGGUAUAUGUCACUGGGAUGGGUUAGUAUGGCAAGUGGCCAAGUUCGCAGGAGCAGAACCGGAGCCGGGUACGUUUACGAUUGUGUGA